AUGUGGCUUAAGCCUGUACCAUCGUGCUUCUCUAUGCUAAAACCCUACUGCUCUGCAACUCCACCACCACCAACCACCUUGAAAUUCAUAACGGCCAUGAAAACUACAGAGGAACCAGACGUCGGGAUCUUCUGCUACAUCUCUCAACUCCCUGGAUUUCGCGGCAUUUUAAAGCAAAGGUAUUCUGAUUUUAUGGUAAACGAAGUAGAUACGGAGGGAAAUGUUGUACAUUUGACCAACUUGGAUGCCCCAGCAGAGACAGUUAAGGAAAUUGAAACAAAGACGCAUGAUGCUACAAGUAAAGAUUAUACCACUGAAAUUGAAUCGUUUAGAUCUCUUGUUGACCCCGAUGAUGCUGAGCAAUUGGAAGCUAUAAUCAAUCAAAUUAAUUCCGGCAGUGAAGAUAGUAUUUUGCCUAUUGUUCUUUCCCCAGAUUAUGAUAAAUCUCAUCGAACGGCAGUGCAUAAUUUUUUUAAGGAAAACUUCAAGUUCCUUGUCACCGACACAGUUGAUGGACCAGAUGCUUCCUCAAAAUGCAUCCGGGUGAGAAUAAAUUCAGGAGGACAGAACAGCAGAGGCAGAAAUUCAAGAAAACGAAAAGAAAGAGGUGAUAAACCAUUGAUAGCAGAGGUUCAGAUGAUUGGUCAGAGAAUGUUUCAUCUUUACAAGGAGAACAAGGAUACACAGGAAGCCUUAGGAAUUAUAGCAAAGAUGCUUGGUAUCCAGCCAAGGUCCUUUGGGUUUGCUGGUACAAAGGAUAAGCGUGCUGUCACAACUCAAAGGGUAACAGUUUUUAAGCAGCUUGCAAGUAGAUUAGCAGCUCUUAAUGAUAGGUUGAUUGGUAUCAAACUACGUGAAGGAAGGACUUGUCCUAGGCCAACUAUUGGGAAAUCGAUUUACAAUUACAUUGAGCGAUUUGGAAGUGGUUCUGUGCCAACUCACCUUAUUGGAGCUACACUACUCAGAGGAGAGUGGAAAUCUACUGUGAGCUGUUCCUUGAUCCAAGAGAAGGGGAUAUCCUUUAAUGUUACCCGGUAUUGGACCCUGAGGCGAUUACCUCGACAUCUGGUUUCUGAAAAAGCUAUAUUGCAAUGUCUGAAGAAAUGUCCUGGGAACUACUUGCAAGCUUUGAAAGCUAUUCCUAGAACUUUGAGGAUGAUGUAUGUACAUAGUUACCAAAGCUAUUUGUGGAACCAUGCAGCAAGUAUGAGAGUGCAGAAAUAUGGAACUGACCGAGUUGUGUUGGGAGACUUGGUAUAUUGUAAAGGAAAUGAAACUGAAAAGGUGUCAGAAGUUGUUAGUUCUGAAUGUGUAGAUGAAAAUGGUAAUGAUACGCUUGAUCCUAUUGAUUUAGAUGAUAUAUCUGGAACAAAUCUUCCUGAGGAAAGGCUUAAUCUUGUGAAGGCUGUAACUGCGGAAGAUAUCCUUAGUGGAAAUUACACCAUUGAUGAUGUUGUCCUUCCAAUGCCCGGUUCCAGAGUCAUUUUUCCAGAAAACGACAUUGCUCACGUUUUUCAUGAUUUGGCAAAGAAGGAUGCAAUCAGCUUGACAGAGAGCGUGCAUAAUGUCAAGGAAUUCUCAAUAACCAGCAUGACUGGAAGCUAUAGGCGGGUCUUCCAAAAACCAAUGGACUUUGAAUGGGAAAUACUAAAAUAUAUUGAUGGAAAUAAACCUUUGGUGGACACAGACUUCGACAAAAUUGCCAAAACCAAACCAUCCGGUCUAAAUGAAGAUGGAAGAUUGCAUGAUAAAACAAAACAAUCAGAGUGCUUAGACAACGAUAUAGGGCUUCAGACAGAUGAUAAUGGGGCAAAGGCGAAGGGAGAAGAAUUGCCACAAGCUGAAUCCCUCUGUGAUACUAAUCCUCAGGAAACUCAGACGGCUCUCAUGUUGAGCUUUACUCUCCCAGCUUCUUGUUAUGCAACAAUGGCCAUCAGAGAGCUACUGAAGACAUCGACAUCUGAGCAAACCAAGAUCGCACUCUUCCAUGCAUUAGGAUCUUGCCUUUUAGAACAAAUUAAUGUUACUGUUCCUGCUGGUUUGUUGAUUAACACAUGA